GGCAGGAUUUGUGAGGAGAAUAUUAUGGGGCAAGACAGGUUGGAGUCCUGUUGUGAAGGGCCUUGGAUGCUGCAGUCAAGUUUAUGAUAGCAACGGACCGGUCUGCAAACUGCUUUUAUAUAUGCCGCUUCCUUAAAUGACCGUAGUCUGAAGGAUGGGUUUUAGAGGGGAGAAAAUGAAGGCAGAAGCAGCCAAGUAGGAGGCGAUUACAGUAGUUGAGGCAAAAAGAGGUAGAGCCUGAACAAGAAUGGAAAAAAGAUGGCCGCGAGUCACAUCUGGGAAGUAGAAUCAGCAAUGUGGAGAUAUAGCGCCAAAGAGAACCCCAAGGAUUCAAGUUUGGGGGAUUGGGAAGAAUACUGUGAUGCUGGCAAUAGAAGUGGAUAAGCUGCAAAAGAGGUUUUAGGGGUCAGGAGCCGAGCUCAUUUUAAGUGCUGGUAGCAAAUUGAGACGAAUAUGUCUAGUGAGCAGUUGGAGAAUCAGGACAGAAGCCCUAGGAAGAGAUUGGGGUAGAGAUACAAGAUUAGGACCUCCGGUUAAUUUGGUCCUGCUUCAGAUGCCCAGCCUCACUUCUGACCCAUCCAUUCCCACCUUAAAACUGGGAAAUACACAAUGAUAGUUUGGUGUUUAGGGUGAGGAAGGAGAGCUGCUAAUUGGAAAGAAAAACUAAAAAGGGAAUAGGUAAAAUGAGUUAAAAGCAAUUUCUUUCUCAGUUCCUCAUCUAACGCAUUUCCUUCAGUCUGAUGUGGGGAAAACCCAUUGUUGAAAAAGAGAUGCCAUUCUUCUUUCCUGAGCUGAACUGAUCAUGGUAAUAGUCACAGGAGCAGUGAAAAGGUUAAGUUUGGUAAUGAAGAAACAAACUCAUGUUACUUUCAUUUUUGGUUUGACCUGAAAUCACUGCUGAAAAAUGUACUUCCUUUCCCAUGCAAAUGCGCAGCUUAUUAUUUGUUCCGACACCAAAAUCAUUUCUCUUUAACCAAUUCCUGUCCUCCCAAAUCCUUGCUUGACAUGAAAUCUACAAAAUGAAAUCCUGGACUUGAAAUGAUAAAAUCCUAAUAUGAAAAACACUUGAGCAGAGACAACAGAAAAACAAGCAGAUCUUACAGCAUGUGAGCUUUUCAUUCAAAUUUGUGAUUUACUCUCCUGCGGUAUUAUGGGUAUACUGUCAGAACCCUUAUUAUUCAAAACCACUAAGUUGAAAAAACUCAACUCUGUCUGUCCCCUCUCCCCAGUACCUGUUCCCUUAUUCCCUCUAGGUUCUGAAUUCCUAAGAACUCUUAUGCUAAGAUUUUCAUCUAGAAUAAGUCUGGGCAGUAGAAAAUGUGGAUAUUUUUCUGGUCUCUGAUACAAUUUAGCUUAGGCCACAUAGUUCUGAUCUGAGGAACUUUUAAACAUACAGUGUCAGAGCUGGAAGAGUCUUUAGAACAUGGAAUGUUAGAGUUGGGAGGAAAUCUACAACAGACUGUUAGAGCUGGUGGCCAUGACAAGAGUCAUGUAGUGGUGGGAGUACUGGUCUCAGAUCCUUACCACCUUGAUGACGUUGGGGAUGACAGGACCAAGGCCAGUUGUUCUCAGUGGACCAUCAGGUGCUGGGAAAAGCACUUUGUUGAAAAGGCUUUUUCAAGAAUAUGGCAACAUUUUUGGCUUCAGCGUCUCCCAUACCACAAGGAGCCCGAGGCCCGGAGAAGAGAAUGGCAAAGAUUAUCACUUUGUGACCAGGGAAGAGAUGCAAAAAGACAUCGAAGCUGGAGAGUUCAUCGAGCACGCUGAGUUCUCGGGAAACAUGUAUGGGACCAGUAAAGCUGCCGUGCAGGCCGUGCAGGCAAUGAAUCGGAUCUGCGUGCUUGACAUAGACCUGCAGGGAGUGAGGAACAUCAAGAAGACUGAGCUGCAUCCCAUCUAUAUCUCUAUCCAGGCGCCAUCCCUGGACAUCCUGGAAAAACGGCUGAGAGACAGGAAGACUGAGACGGAGGAGAGCUUGCAGAAGCGGCUGGCUGCUGCCGCCGCUGACAUGGAGAGCAGCAAGGAGCCCAACCUGUUUGACCUGAUCAUUAUCAACGAUGACCUGGACGAGGCGUAUUUGAUGCUGAGGAAGGUCCUGGCUGAGGAGAUCAAGAAGGCCCAGCAGCCCCGUGAGUCGUGACCAGAAAACCAGAGGCCAUCCCGCUGCCCUCCCCCAUCCUUUUACGUUCUGAGCCACACAUUCCUUUUCAUCUGACCCCCUCCCUACUCCACGCCGCAGAGGAGCCUGUGUGGGCAUCAGCUGGAACCAUGGGCAUCUUGGGCCAGAGAAUGGGUGGAUGAUUGUGCCUUUUGGACCCCCACAUCUUUUCCCCCCAUUAAGAUCCCAGGGGCAUCCUCUGUACCCCGUAAGACCCAACCUGGGAGAGAGCUGUGUCCCCAAGGCUCCACCACCCACAAUGGCUAAGACUGGGAACCUCUAGGCCAGGUUGUGUGGGCAUCUAACCCUGCAAUGGCCUCUGGACCAAGGAGAGGGCAUUCAGACCCUACAGAGAAGGGAGACUCCUAGAGCUGGGGGCCAGGUGAACCCUGGGUCCUUGGUUCCCAUAUACCCCUGCCACAAGUGGCCAUGGCAGGGUAGCAACUUACAUGCCAGCCAGUGUCAUGAGGCUUUUUGGCUGGGGGGCAAGAAUCCUGCUGUCCUCUGGUCUCCACGGUGGGUUGUCUGGGAUGUCUGUCCUGUCAGGUUCCUCCAGGGAGGAGACGACCUGCCAUGUAUUUGGAAGCAAAGGCAGCAGGGCACCUGGUUCUGGAAAACUCCCCUGUAUGGGCAGUCACCCUGGAUGGUGAUUUAGCUCCAGACUGCCAUCCUGCCCCCCAACCUGGCGGGUACAAUGGCUUUCUGAACCAUUUGGCAUCCUGGGGACCACUGGGGUAACGGUAAUCCCCAGCACGCACACACACUCCCCUCUGACACUUGGACUUGUUUCCUGACUUCGGUAGCCCAUCGGGGGGAUCCAUUGCCUCCCCUCAAUCCUCUGCACCCCCACAGCCUAGAUCGGCCUGGACUACAUUGGGCAGCACGGCCAGGCCACGUGCAUGUGUCCAGAGUGAUGCUGAGCAGUGGGAUGCUCCCCAUGACCCCCUCCUCUGUGAACUCUGGAUGGUCUUCCUGACCCCAGAACCCAGCUUGGAAUAAAGUCCAUUUUACUUUA